GCUUUUUUAAGGUGAUAACCAUAGUAUAAUGAUAUACUAUCCCAGUUCAGCAGGUGGAGGUAUGAAGGAAUUGUUUAGGAAGAUUGGCAACCGAUCCAGUGAAUUCCAUCCAGAGGUGAGAAGAGUGAGGCGUGAAGGCUCCUACAUCUACGAGGAGUUUAUGCCUACUGGAGGGACAGAUGUUAAGGUGUAUACAGUAGGCCCAGAAUAUGCUCAUGCUGAGGCAAGGAAAUCUCCUGUUGUUGAUGGUGUUGUUAUGAGAAAUCAUGAUGGGAAGGAAGUUAGGUAUCCUGUAUUAUUGACACCUGCUGAAAAGCAAAUGGCAAGAGAGGUUUGCGUUGCAUUCCAGCAAGCGGUUUGUGGGUUUGAUCUCUUGAGAUGUGAGGGACGCUCAUAUGUAUGUGAUGUGAAUGGAUGGAGUUUUGUUAAGAACUCACACAAGUACUAUGAUGAUGCUGCAUGUGUGCUGCGGAAGAUUUUCCUAGAUGCAAAAGCACCUCAUCUUUCAUCAGCAAUUCCACCAACUUUGCCAUGGAAACUGAAUGAACCAGUUCAACCUUCUGAGGGAUUAACUCGUCAGGGUAGUGGUAUCAUAGGAACUUUUGGACAAUCAGAAGAACUGCGUUGUGUAAUUGCUGUUAUUCGUCAUGGUGAUAGAACUGCUAAGCAGAAGGUGAAGCUGAAAGUUACCGAGGAAAAGCUGCUAAACAUAAUGUUGAAAUACAAUGGAGGACGACCUAGAUCAGAGACAAAACUUAAAAGUGCAAUCCAGCUGCAAGAUCUGUUAGAUGCCACUCGAAUGCUAGUGCCUCGAACUAGACCAGAUCGUGAAAGUGAUAGUGAGGCUGAAGAUGUUGAACAUGCUGAAAAGCUUCGCCAAGUUAAAGCAGUUCUUGAGGAGGGGGGACAUUUCUCUGGCAUAUAUAGGAAGGUUCAACUAAAGCCACUAAAGUGGAUCAAAGUUUCAAAAAGCAAUGGUGAAGGUGAAGAAGAACGACCUGUUGAAGCUUUAAUGGUUCUUAAAUAUGGCGGUGUUCUUACACAUGCUGGCAGAAAGCAGGCUGAAGAACUGGGAAGAUUUUUCCGGAAUAAUAUGUAUCCAGGGGAAGGUACAGGUCUUCUUCGACUCCAUAGUACAUAUCGUCAUGAUCUUAAGAUUUACAGCUCUGAUGAGGGUCGAGUGCAGAUGUCUGCAGCAGCAUUUGCCAAAGGUUUACUUGACUUAGAAGGGCAGCUAACACCAAUCCUGGUCUCCCUUGUUAGCAAAGACUCCUCCAUGUUGGAUGGACUUGACAAUGCGAGUAUUGAAAUGGAAGAAGCCAAGGCUCGGUUAAAUGAGAUUAUUACCUGUAGUCCAAAGAUGGCUCAUAGCAAUGGAUCAUCUGAAUUUCCUUGGAUGAAAGAUGGAGUAGGGUUGCCGCCCAAUGCAUCAGAAUUACUCGUCAAGCUGGUGAAAUUAACUAAGAAGGUCACUGAACAAGUACGACUACUUGCCAUGGAUGAAGAUGAGAAGCUUACAGAAACAAGCUCAUAUGACGUAAUUCCUCCUUAUGACCAAGCAAAGGCACUUGGCAAGACAAAUAUUGACAUUGAUCGCAUAGCUGCUGGAUUGCCCUGUGGAAGUGAGGGGUUCCUUCUGAUGUAUGCCCGCUGGAAAAAGCUUGAAAGAGACUUGUAUAAUGAACGCAAGGACCGCUUUGAUAUCACUCAAAUUCCUGAUGUUUAUGAUUCAUGCAAGUAUGAUCUCUUGCACAAUGCUCAUCUUAAUCUGGAAGGACUGGAUGAGCUUUUCAAAGUCGCUCAGGCACUCGCUGAUGGUGUUAUUCCAAAUGAAUAUGGAAUUAACCCAAAGCAGAAGUUAAAAAUUGGCUCUAAGAUUGCACGUCGUUUACUGGGGAAAAUUUUAAUUGACUUGAGGAAUACUCGUGAGGAAGCCAUUAGUGUUGCCGAGUUAAAGAGUAACCAAGAUCAUGUUUCGUCGACCUUAAAAACAGAACAGGAAGAUAUGGAGUCCAAUUCAAAACUUUCAAAUAAAAAUGAUGAACCAAGAAGAUCCAACACUUUUAGUGAUAUUUCUUUGGAUCAAGAUGAUGAUGAUGAUAAAGAGACAAAAUAUCGUUUAGAUCCAAAGUAUGCAAAUGUGAAGACACCUGAGCGUCAUGUGCGAACAAGACUGUACUUCACAUCAGAAUCACAUAUCCAUUCUCUUAUGAAUGUAAUUCGUUAUUGUAAUUUGGAUGAAUCUCUUCAAGAUGAAGAUAGUCUGGUUUGCUAUAAUGCGCUAGAGCGCCUGUAUAAAACAAGGGAGCUUGACUAUAUGAGCUACAUUGUGCUUAGAAUGUUUGAGAAUAUAGAGGUGGCUUUAGACGAUCCAAAAAGGUUCCGCAUAGAGUUGACCUUUAGUCGUGGUGCUGAUUUAUCCCCCUUAGAGAAGAAUGAUAGUGAGGCGGCUUCAUUACAUCAAGAGCACACCUUACCUAUUAUGGGUCCUGAAAGGCUGCAAGAAGUAGGAUCGUUUCUGUCGUUAGAGAAAGUGGAGAAGAUGAUUCGUCCAUUUGCUAUGCCAGCAGAAGACUUUCCUCCCCCAGAAACACCUGCGCAAUUCCCUACCUAUUUUCCUAAGAGCGUCCUCGAGCGCCUGGUAAAUUUCUGGCCUUUCCAUAAGCAUGCCAAUUCUAAUGGCAAGUAGCUGCUUAGAUAAUUUUUAAAGCCAACAGCCGCCCUGGAAAAAAAAAAAAUUCCUUUUUUCUUUAUAUCUCUUCUAGUAAUUUUAGAAAGUCUGAAUAUUAGCCCCUUUUCCCACGGCAAGGGUUGGGACGUUAAUUUUGAAAAGAAAUCAUCAUUGAAGAAAGGCGCAUUGUAUCAUUGUACGGAAAGGAAUUAAUGUCAGCAAAAAAAAUAUUUUUCUCUA